GUUCUGCUGUGAUUUAUGUGGGCUCGCAGCUGCCCUUGCUCCGACCCCAGAGGAGCUGUGUGGGAAGUUGGUGUCUCGGAGCCGCGGCGUGGCUCUGCCGAGUGUCUGGAGCCCGGGCUGUGCACACAAACUGAUAAAUAGGGAAAGGCCUGCUGGGCUGCAGCUGGAGCAGAGCUGGGACCGGCACGGGAGAGGAGCUCCCUGCAAGCACCGUUGCUUUUUAGAGGCUGGUCUCACAGCAGAGUGGAUGAAGCAGUGCAGCUGGGAGCAGAGCAUGGCCAACACGUUUGUCACCGUCCCUGAUGGGUACGGCCUUCCCGAGCCCAUUCAGUACUACGAUGUUUUACCGGAGCACAUCAACUACCAGCUGCAGGACACGGAUUUCCAGGCUGCCCCGUACUGCCAGUACUCAGCAGUGCCAGUGCCAGCCCUGCCGCCCCAGCCCGGCCCGGCCCCGUACGGCUCCUACAGCCUGGAGCCGCCGUAUGAUGGGCCCUGCGUGGGCAGCAGCUGCGAGCUCAGCAAGGGCCCCUUCCUGGCUCCCCACGGCGAGGAUGGGGGGUACCAGGGGCUCAAGAGGCCCAGGUUAAACCACUCGGUGAGGCUGAAGGGGCAGGAGGAGCUGUGCGUGGUGUGUGGGGACAAGGCCUCGGGGUACCACUACAACGCCCUGACCUGCGAGGGCUGCAAAGGCUUCUUCCGGCGCAGCAUCACCAAGAACGCCGUGUACCGCUGCAAGAGCGGGGGGCACUGCGAGAUGGACAUGUACAUGAGGAGGAAGUGCCAGGAGUGCCGCCUCAAGAAGUGCAGAGCUGUGGGAAUGCUGGCAGAAUGUUUGCUGACUGAAGUCCAGUGCAAGUCAAAACGACUCAGGAAGAAUUUCAAGCAGAAGAGCAGUUUCCUUUGCAAUAUAAAGCUGGAAGAUGAGGGACUGAAUAGUAAGCAAGUAUCAUCUACAACAAGAUCUGGAAAAGUCCCAGAGAAGAUGGAACUUACUCCAGGAGAACAUCAGCUUCUUGACCACAUCGUAGCAGCACACCAAAAAUACACAAUUCCUCUUGAGGAAGCCAGGAAGUUUCUACAGGAAACUGCAAGUCCUGAGGAAAGUUUCCUCCACCUGUCUGAGACAGCCGUUGUCCAUGUCCAGGUGUUGGUGGAUUUCACAAAAAGACUCCCAGGGUUUGAGAGUUUAGCCAGUGAGGACCAGAUUGCUCUGCUGAAAGGGUCCACAGUGGAGGCGAUGUUCUUGAGAUCAGCCCAAAUUUACAACCAAAGAAUGAGCGAGUGCCAGCCAUCAACCAGUGAAAGUCAUGUAAGACUUUCUGAUCACGGGACAUGUUGUCAUGUUCAAAACCUUGAUAAAAACAAUAUUUAUUCCAUGGAAAUGUGUCAUAAUAAAGAGAGACCAACUUCUACUACUACCACAGGCAUAACUGAGGAGUUCAUCACCGCCCUGUUCUACUUCUACAGAACCAUGGGGGAACUCAAAGUGACCGAGACCGAAUACGCUCUGCUCGUAGCAACAACAGUGUUCUUUUCAGACCGCCCGCUGCUGAGGGACAAGCGCCACGUGGAGGAGCUGCAGGAGCCGCUGCUGGGGAUCCUGUACAAGCACUCGAAGCUGCAGCACCCGCGGGACCCGCAGCGCUUCGCGCGGCUGCUGGGGCGCCUCACGGAGCUGCGCUCGCUCCGCCACGCCCACGCGGGGGCGCUGCGCGCGCGGGACCCGCGCCUGGCCGCGCCGCUGCGCGACCUCUGGGACCUCCACUAG